ACCCGAUAAGCUUUUUUUCAUUGGAACCAUCCAUCCAACGAACCCGCAGAGGCGGUCGCGUCACAAACCCAUCGUCAUCACGUGAUACAAAUCUGAACAAAAAGAAAAGCCCUCCCUCCCUUCCCCCCUUUCUCUCUCUCGGUGAAGGGAAUGGGAGAUGUUCUGGUCGAGUUGGAGGACGUCCUCCGUUCCAAACCCAACAAGGAGAAGAUAACAGCGGGCGAGGAGCUGGUUCUUCAGACGUGCAAGGCGAGGGCCAUUCGCAAUUUCACGCUCGGGGCCUGCUUUUCUUCGGCCGUUGUGUGGACUGCAACCAGGAGACUAACACGUGGGCAGAGGUUCAAUAUUUCCGUAGGCUCUGCCAUGCUCACGGGAAUGUGGAGAUUUGACAGGUCAUUAAACUCAUGCCUUGAUCAAAUUCUAGGGUUUGAAGGAAGUCGCAUGCAGAGGGAGUUGGCAAAUAUAAUAUUGACAAAACACAGGGAUAACUUAUCAAGGGUGCAGCUUGUAAAAAAACAUUUCUACCCAGAGCAAGUAUUUAAUGACUUAAAUCCAGAUAAACCUUUUCUCAGGUGGCGAUCACGGAAUUUCUAUGUGGACAACAGUGCUGUUCAAAAGACAGAAGGUCCAGAGGAUAGCAGCUAUCUUGAUAAACUUGACACACAACCGAGACACUCCACUAGGAGCCUAGGUGGAGAUAUGACUGCAGAUCCGUUGGACUGUGUCUUUGGUUAUCCAGAUAGUGACAUGGAGUUCGCUCAUUCUGACGACAUGAGAACACAUCCUAGAAGACAGAUGCGUUCCCACAGGAGAGCUCAUCGGCAUCGCCGAGCUAGAAAUUCUGAAUUUCCAUCUGAUCAUGCAAACUAUCAGGACUGAAAACCCAAACUUAUUGACACUUUGGUUCUGAGAAGUGCUUUGAUGGUGGUGCAUUGGAAAAGGUAUAUUUAAGAUUAAGGAAGCAAAGGAGCUGAGUGGUGUUUCACUAAUAAAAAUUAGUAAGGUACGUUGUUGUAUUGUGAUGUUCCCACACUUCAAUGAGGCUUCUAUCCUGGUGCAUGAUAAUAGAGGAUUUCUUUGGAGUUCAUGCUGGCUUCAUCCUUGUAGCAAUUGCUUUCACUUUCCAUUUAAGCGGUUUAACUCUUGAUCAACAACGCUGAUGUUUGGAUUGUUUUGGUAACAACAUACCUUUUCUUUCUUUUAUUUUGUAGGUUCGCUGCAUUACCUUUGAACUUAAGAAAAAUAGCUUGAAGCAUUCUGAAGUUUUG